AGGAAUCAUUCGACUUUCGGAAAUAAUUUACAGCAGGAAAAGUUUGUGAAUGUGAUGUAGAUGCAUACUCUAUUGUCAAAAGUGAGGAUUAUCAUCUGUAAGCAAUAAUUUAGAUACGUUAUACGAAAUGAGUUCUUAUGUAACCCUACAGACUGUCUCUGUGAUAUACAAUUUACUUAUCGGAAAUGGAGCCUCUUCCAUGGUGUUUAAAGCUUUUGAUAAGAGAACGGGGGAGCAGAGAGCUGCUAAAGUUAUAAAAGAUAGAUCUAAAUAUAACCUACUAGAUUUAAACCGUGAAGUUACAACAUUAAAGCAUCUAAAUCAUUCAAAUAUUGUUAAAUUAUAUGGUAAAGAAACCGAGAUUGGUACCGGACGUGACGUAUUGAUUCUCGAAUACUGUCAGUCUAGUCUUUAUUCUUUUCUACAAGAACCAGAAAAUUUACACGGCCUCAGAGAUCAGGAAUUUUUGACUUUAUUCAUCGAUAUUGCUUCCGGUUUUCAAUAUCUCCAUAGUAACGGUAUAAUUCACAGGGACUUGAAGCCCGGGAAUAUUCUCAGAAAAAUUAAACCCGAUUUGAGCCCAAUUUACGUCAUCAGUGAUUUUGGAACUAGUAGAAGAUUAGAAAAUCCGGAAGAAGAAUAUUUUUCUUUGGUUGGGACUGAGGAGUUUCUGCAUCCAGCAGUAUAUCAAAAAGCAUUUAUAGACAGACAACAAGUCACACCGUUUAACAGUGGUACAGAUUUGUGGAGUUUUGGUUGUACUUUAUUCCAAGCUAUCAGUUCCAGGAUGCCGUUUAUACCAUUUGAUGGUGCCAGGAACGACAGAAAAAUUAUGUAA